AACAGCACCAGGAACUCCAUUACCAUUCUCAUCACACACAUAUAUACAUAUUCAGAUAACUUUAAACUCGAACCACCGACUCAAUUAUGACAGGCAAGCUCGGCAUCUUCCCGGCCGCCGGAGGCCUCGGAGGCAGCACCCUCACACACCUUCUCCAACGAGUCCCCGCCACCGAACUAGUGCUUAUCACGCGCAAACCAGAGAACCUGAGCAAAGAACAAGCCGCCGGAGCGACCAUCCGCAAGGGGGAUUUCGACGAUGUCCAGAGCCUCGAGCACGCAUUCGACGGCAUCUCGACGCUGAACUUGAUCUCCUACCCGAGCUUCCAACACAGUCAUCGAUUCAAGGUCCACAAAGCCGCAAUCGACGCGGCCCUCAAGAGCGGAGUGACGCACAUACACUACUCGUCUCUGGCAUUUGCCGGCGAUGGCAAUCCCGAUACCAAGGCCCAUGUGAUGCUCGCGCACCUUGACACGGAACGAUACCUGGCUCAGCUGCACGAUCGCAACCCGCUGUUCACGUACUCUAUCAUUCGCCAAGGGCUGUAUUCGGAGUCUUUCCCCAUCUACACUGCCUUUUUCGAUGUCGAGGCUCCUUCGUGCGAGAUUCGCAUCCCCCAUGAUGGCUCGGGCCCCGGCCUUGCUUGGGCGAAGCGGGAUGAGCUGGGCGAGGCGACGGCGAACUUGAUAGCACAGCACGCCCGCGACCCCGCUUCUUUCCCCUAUGUGAAUAAGAAUGUCCUGCUCUCUGGUCCUAGGACUUGGUCUCUCGGCGAAACGGUCGAUGCUUUAAGCCGUGUGCUCCGUCGACCUGUCAGCAUCCACCAGGUACCUGUGGAAGAGUAUAUCAAGCAGCCACGGGUCCAUGCUGGUCUCGGUGGCGAACACUUGGCGCCUCGCUGGGCAACUGCUUAUGAUGGGAUCCGCGCUGGCGAGUGUGCGGUGGCUACGCCGACUCUGGCAAGGAUACUUGGUCGCGAGCCGGAGUCAUUUGAAACGACUAUCGGGCAUAUACUUUCGAAAUAAUCGAGGAAAAAGGAUGGGAACGACAUGUUAUAGACUUCUAGGAUUCUAUACGCUGACACUUGAUGGAAGAGUCGGAUCUCAGCUCUCUGGAGUGGCUGAUAUUACCGCAGGAUACCAUUCCUUCCCUCAUUUGCUCUGACUGGGGCUGUCGUGGCUACUGGAGAGGGUUUGGGUGUGGUACAUCUCUAGACUUGAUACUUGUUUGAUAUACAUUUAUUGAUACCUCAUGUUGUAUGCUAGCCUUACUGUAUUACUCAUGGCAUCUAAGUCUUGUUCUCAAAACAGAUAUACAUCAACAUCCGAUAUGGUGUAAU